AUGACACGCUCUCAAGAAGGCUUCAUUUGGACGUCUUCCGCCACGAGAAAUGGCUUGGAAACAGACUCCAUAAUUCCCAGCACUCCUGCUUCCCAGCUCAAGCCCUUUUACGAUGUUAUCGUCAUUGGCGCCGGCUUCGCUGGCCUCAUCGCCGCACGCGACCUCUCCCGAUCGCACAACCUCUCCGUUCUCCUCAUCGAAGGCAGAGACCGCAUCGGCGGACGCACGUGGACCGCGAGAGAGCUAGGCGAAGAGUUCGAAAUGGGCGGGACCUGGGUGCACUGGAACCAACCCCACGUCUACGCCGAGCUCUCCCGCUACAACCUACACCCGCGCCUCAAAACCACCGCGGGCAACAUCGCCGCCGAACAUACAUUCUACAAAGGCCAGCGACCUGACGCUAUCGUGCAGACCAUCCCCCCAGAAACCGUCGCAGCAACCGCCCAGCGCGUCGCCGACGCCUUCUUCAGCCCUGACGGCCAGCCCAGCAGGUACUGGAUGCCGUACCCGCACGACCCCUUGCGCAACAGCAGCGGCCCUCCCUCCUCUUCAACCUCCUCCUCCCCGGCGCAGCAACAGCCAUGGCGCACACUCGACCACCUCAGCGUCGCGGACCGCCUGGCGCAGCUCGACCCCUCCUCCUUCUCGGCCGAGGAAAAAGACGUGUUCGAGACGCUGGUCGCGAGCUUCGGGUCGGCGCCGGGCGCGGAAAUCGGCUUCGUCGAGGCGCUGCGGUGGUACGCGCUGGGCGGGCACAGCAUGCAGGGCGUCUUCGAGCUGGCCGGCGUGUACAAGCUGGGUGGCGGCGGCAUGACGGGGUUCGCGAGGGAGGUUGUUGGCGAGUUUUGUGGGGAUAAGGUGUUUGGCGCGGUGGUGGAGAGGGUCGAGCAGCAGGAUGCGGAGGGGGUGAAGGUGGUGGUGGUGGCGCGGGAGGGGAGGAGGGUGUUUGGGGCGAAGCAGGUGGUUUGCACUGUACCGCUGAACUGUCUUGGGGAUGUGGCUUUCUCGCCGCCGUUGAGCCCCCUCAAGCAGGAAGCCAUCCGUCACGGUCAAAUAAACAAAGGCGCGAAAAUCCACAUGCGCCUGGGCGAGGUCGAGCCCGGUUGGUUUGCGAUGGCUUCGCCCAGUGGUGAUUCUCCGUGGUGCUUUGCUUUCUCGGACCACAACGGUACUGGAGCGAACGGGGCAAGUGGCACCUACGCUAUCGCCUUCGGUUACAACGACCGCAUUCCUGACCCGACGAGACCCGAGAACUCGGCACGGAUUGUUCAGUCGUUCAAGGAGAACCUUCGGCCGCAAAGUCGUUCUGGAGCUGAGGUAACCGCCUACUUGACACAUCCAUGGCACCUUGACCCGUUGGCCAAGGGCGUCUGGUCCUGCUGGGGCAAACAAGCUAUGAAUUGGGCAGAUGGUUGGAGGGGAUUCAUAGACGGUGCCAUCGAGAGAGGGUACAGAGCUGUGAGAGAUGUGCUGGAAAUGCGUAAAGCUGAGAAUCAAGGAACCAAGGUAUCUGCGAGGCUGUGA